CUGACUACUCUAGCUACUAGUGACAUCGGUGUAAGGUGUGCUGUGUAUUUCCCCAUUGCUGGCUCAGUGCUGUAUAGCAAAUGCUCAGUGCUGUACAGCAAAUAUAAAAACGGGUACUUACCAAUACCAAGGUGUUCAGUAUAUUUUUAAAUACUAAUAUAGGUGGUGUUGAGUUGUACUGCGCGACUCUAUUUAGAACGACAUAUAUAUAUAUAUAUAUAUAUAUACGGAUACCCAACGGCCUCUUGAUUGGAUGCUGAAAUCACAUCUGUGCGCAUCAUAAACAAAUAACCUCUUUGUCAAUAUUAGAUAUACGCAUGUCGCUUCUCGUAACCUCAACAAGCGACCCCCAGAAGUGUGUUCCCUCCUCCGCUCCACCUAACAUUCCUAUCGCACAAAUGCCCUUCCACUCGACAACCAAAAACGUGCGUUCAAAUUUAAAGAAAAUCCAAAGGCUACCACACCAGGCUUUUGUCCAGUCACCAUCUUCAAUUGGUCGAAGGCAUCUACGCAGUGGAGUAAGUACAAUGUCCUCUAGUAGUAGCAAAGACGGCGACACGCUUCCAAGUAGCGAUUCGGAUGUGGGAACAAACUCAGAAUCGUAUAAGAGACCACAAGACUCACUUCGAACACCCUGCGACAUGUUCAAGCACUUGAAAUUCACAAACAGUGCGAUGAAAGCCUUGCCGUUCGAAAGUAGAGCACCAGGAACCGUUGGUAGUAGAGAAACGCCCGGGGCUGUGUGGGCUAGUGUCGAACCGACGCCUGUGACAAAUCCUCAAACUGUUUCACACUGUAUGGCUGCACUCAAGCUGCUGGAUAUUCCUGAACCCACAAAUGCGGACGAAUUCACAGACUUGCGAGACAAUAUAGCCCAGUACUUCAGUGGCAAUGUGACUCUGCCAGGCAUGGUGCCUGCCGCACACUGCUACGCCGGUACACAGUUCGGCAACUUUGCCGGACAGUUAGGAGAUGGGCGAGCGACCAAUUUAGGUGAGAUCACGAACAAACGGGGCCAGAAAUGGGAGCUGCAGUUGAAAGGUGCUGGGUUGACCCCGUAUUCCAGGACAGCAGACGGCCGGGCUGUUUUCCGGUCGUCCAUUCGCGAGUACAUCUGCAGCGAACAUAUGCACGCACUGGGUAUUGCAACCACACGCGCAGCCUCCCUAGUCACCUCAGACACUCUGGUGGUACGAGACCCCAUGUAUGACGGACACACCAUAGAAGAACAGUCCACAGUAGUGUUACGGCUAGCCCCAUCGUUCCUCCGCUUUGGCUCGUGGGAGGUGUUUCUGGGCGAGGACGAAAGGACUGGACGUGCGGGGCCGUCGGCUGGUGCGGAGCACUUUCCUCUGGCCAAGCAGAUGCUAGACCACGUAGUGUCCACUCACUACCCUGACAUCUGGGCUGCCCAUGACAACGACACAGACAGAUACAUUGCCUUCUUCCAGGAAUUGGUCGAUCGCACGGCAGAGACCUGUGCUAAGUGGCAGGGUGUAGGGUUUGUGCACGGUGUGCUCAACACAGAUAACAUGAGUAUCCUGGGGCUGACCAUUGACUAUGGACCGUAUGGCUUCAUGGGAUACUUUGAUUCGGAUAUGGUCCCCAAUCACUCAGACACCACAGGACGGUAUCGAUACCAGAACCAGCCGGGUAUCUGUAAAUGGAACUUGACGCGACUGGCGCAGGCGUUAGACACCUCAGGUGUCAUUUGCAUGUCUAACCUGUCACCAGUGAUAGAGAACUACGACGCCGUGUUACGCCGACAUUACAGUGCAACCAUGCUAGCAAAGCUGGGUCUAAUUCGGUCUGUAGAGGAAUCCGACCGUGAGCUGGUGUCUGAGCUGUUUGCCACCAUGAAUGACACGGGGUGUGACAUGACUGCGCUGUUCCGUGAGUUAGCGGACGUGCCUGUGACUGAGGGGACUGUGAAUCAGCCGCAGCUGCAGCGGUUUAUUGAAGACUCUAUCCUGCCACUGUGUUGCAGUUCGAGACUCAUGGCUAAGCGGAUUAGACCAGACAUGCCCCUGGCCACCAUGCAGAGACUGAUCGAUCUGGGUGAGGAAAAGCCAGGCAUUCUGCUGAGCUACACGGGAAGGACGGUAGAGUACUUUAAGAAGCUGAUUGAAUCGAACAACACCGCCAAUGAAAUGGACACGGAGGAUGUGUCCAUUCGUGACCAACGUGUGCGUGACAAAUGGGGUGUGUGGCUGCCACAGUACAUUGAACGGUUACAUAGAGAGGUGGAGGUGGAGCCAGCAACCAGUGUGUCAGCUAUGAACACUGCGAGGAAAGCGAAGAUGGCCACCACGAAUCCCAAGUUCACGUUCAAGAACCAUCUGGCACAGGAAGCGAUUGAGAUGGCUGAGAACGGCGACUACACCGAAAUCGACCGACUUUUGACUGUGAUGUGCGAUCCUUUUGGACUGAACCCAGAGACCGAGGCAUCGUUCGACACCUCCAAGUAUGCAGCACCAGUGCCGGAAAAACAGUGCGACCUGGUGUUGAGCUGUUCGUCGUAAGUUCGCUGGUCAGUCAAUCGGAGACGCGUCCUACUCAAACGGAGUACCCAAUCUCUCGAGCAGGAGUCUAGUAGAGCCCAAUGCAAUGCACGAGCCGACGGUUCAGAUCAGUAGUGGAAGAGAGAAAAAUGGCUAUAGAACACUGCGAUGUGCCUGGAGGGGAGGUCAGCUCAACCCACAGAGUGCCUCAGUGAAGAUGGAGGUCAAUUGAAUUGUGUGAGGGGAUAGUCUGUGCGAUGUGAACGGACACAGCUCUGGGCCAUGUCACACGCCCCCAUGCGCAGGACGGGCCAAGAAGGUCGUAGGCAUUGACCCAGCUGUGUUGUCUACAUAUACACACGCGCUGUACACCACAUUUUCUGUCGCAUACGAUGGAGUUUGAGUAGAUUUCAUAACGUUACCGGAUCCCGAUGGCGGUAGUAGAAUGUACACAAUGAUCGGCACACAAAUAGAAUAACCUUGUUGAUAGAAGUAUGCAGACAAUGGUCUUGGCGGUGCACGUUUGAGCGACCUGUGUUGUCGGGGUGUGAAUAUUACAAAGCUGGUGUUGAAAUAUCCCAUCUAUACUACUGCUAGGUAGGUAAACACUACACAGAAAAUGCAUCGCACGAGCUGAGUUUAAGCAGUUAUCUCCGGACAUGCCCGACACUUAUGCGAGGACCUUUGCUUCUCGCAUCACAAUGAUCAAACGGUAUUGCAGCCCAAAUGCAGUGAGUAGCGGCCACUUGAAGUAGUGUGACGCUGAUAGAUAUGCUUUGAGUCUUUUGCACCGUUCCCGCUCCGAAGGCGAGAGAGUAUUCGCGCGUGAAGGUGGGAUGAACAGCCAAUCGAAUCAUGUUGUUGUGAGUGUCAGCACACAAUGGUACACGAGCGGUGCGGGGAAAUCACAUCGAGACAUGGCCUUGUACUGACCAUGACUGUCAAAAUGAGUGAGCUUCAUCUACAGUAUCAUCAAUCAUCUACAGUGUAAAACAUAAAUAAACUGUUAAAUACCAUCACUGUCAGAACAAGUGAGGUCCAUCUACAGAAUAAUCUCAACUAUAGAAUAAUCGAUAAACUAUUAAUACCAUGGCUGUCAGAAUAAAUGAGGUUCAUCGACAGUAUCAUUUAG